AUGUCUGCGCCCUCCAACCUUCCUGAUCGAGAAGGAGAUGAUAUGACUGAGUUCUCGAACGCCCAUGAGGUCGUAGAGUAUUUUCAAACCCUUCUUGGAUCCUUUGAAAAUCUCCGACUGACGUCAAAGGACUUGGAACUCGAGGCUGGUCCGUCUGCGGAUGCAUUGAAAUGGUUCCUCGAAUUGACUGGAAGGAACAAUAGAGUUGCUUUCAGGCGUCUCGUGGAGGAGACCUUUAAGCCCCGGAAAUAUGAAUCAUUGAAAAUGACAUACUAUGGUCCACCGCAUUUCGAAGGGUUCACUUGUGGACUUUAUCUUAUCGAUAUGGAACUACUAGUCGACCGAAAUGGGAUUUUUGCUAGUUUUGACAUGCCGAUUUCAACCGUGGAGAAAAUUGAUAUCAUCCUGAGUACGAUUUUUUGGAUCGAUGAACUUGAUUCUUCGGAAAGAUGGAAAAUGGCGUUCGUCAGCUUUGAUCAAGGCCGCCUUGAAGAGUACCUCAAAUUACUCUGGGGAACUCAUAUGAUCCGUUAUUUCAACAACCCUCAGCUGGGUCUACCAAAUGAAUUGGAUAAAACUGUCAAUCAACUAUGGGUGUGGCUUGAUACGCAUAACCAGCGGCCGAUCAAACUAGUAUUUUCCAUGGCUCGUCACGGAUUAAUGUGGAAUAUUCAGAGAAAAGGGCAGAUGCGUAGACUUCGGUUCAUCAUUGAGGAUUUGGAUGAAGCAAAGAAUAACCUGAAUAAACGUUAG